AUGAUGCUGUGCGCAAAUGAUACACCUUUGUUCGACCUAUCGGAUAAUACAACGAGACGGUUCCUUGCCGCUCUAGAAGUCUUUCAAAGUAUUAUAACAAACUUGGUCCACAUACUUGUGCUAACCCGACCGAAUAUGCGCUGCGCUGCGGUAAACUGCGUAUUAACUGCUGUUGCAACCUGCGAUAUGGGUACCAUGGCUUCUUAUUACGUAUAUAUUUGCCAUUUCGUGCUCUUCAAAGAUACUGCCUGGUUUGUUGCUACUUUCUUCCCAGAUUCUGCUUCUUUUCAUGUUACUAGGCACCUUCGCUUGCAGCUUCACAUAGCCUAG